UUACGUAGUUUAUGUAUUUAAUGUAUAAAAGUUAACUGAAAGUUGAACAAAAGUAUAUUGAAAAAAUAUCAUAUAAUUGUAGAUAAAUACGUUUAGUACUUUCACUACGUACAGAGUUCUUUGCUCAUAAUAAUGAAUACCUAAUAUCGUUACACAACAGUAUAAUGGAGAAGUUUGAACUUGUUUUUGUACAUAUCAUGGUUCAAUCGUUUUUUUAGCCGUCAGAUUUUUAUAUUGAAUCAGACUGUUAUUACAAUCUUAGCAAGUAAAAGCGUGAAAGCGGUCUUACAAAAUAAUUCGAAUAAUACAACCCUGUUACGUAUGUUUUGACAUUAAAAUGUCAUUUGUCAUGAACAAAAUUUGUUUACUUUUUUGCCUGAUAAACAGUUAAGAAACUGAAAACCUUAAAAUAUUAAUUUAAAAUAAAUAAUCAACUAAAAAAUCGCAUUGUUGUGAUAUUACUAAUACAAAAAUCUAUAAUAAUAAUUUUAAACAAUAAGUGAACUGUGCCCAGCAGUAUAAACUAACUAAAAAUCAUCCCAACAAGUGACUGACAAAAUAAAAAUAACAAAACAAAAAAAUAUAACAAAACAUUAGAAUGAGAUUAUGUGUUAAUUAUUUUAAACUAUCAUCUAUGUUCAAUAUGAACAAAAAUCGAAGCAUAAAGUUAUAUUAGAAAUUAAGAUUUAAGAAUAUCAACAAAUUGUUACACCAAUUACCAGCAAAAAGAAGUACCUCACACCUGUUACAACACAUAUUAUAUUAAACACCUGAACAAACAGCAUCAUUCCAGACAACGUGGAAGAAGUGAAAGUAGAUAAGUUUUCACAGUUUUUAUUAGAAAGAUUCUAUGUUCAUUCAAGCAUGCCAGCAGCAAAAUGUCUCCAAGUCGAACAUUUUGCUCGCAGUUCCAAAAAAUGUUGGUUCGUGUAUUGAAAAUUGUAUUUCCCUUUUUUAUUAUAAUUUGGUGUCUCGAAGUCGGAAGUAUUUUGUAGUCGAUAGUAAUGUUUAAAUUUUGGUUUUUAAAAAUUAUCUUUAACACAAGUUACUCUAACAAUUUUUAACACUGGAUCAAAAAGAAAUCUAUUGAGUCAGCUUUACCAAAUAGGAUGGGUUAUAUGUUGUUGAUUUCAGCAUAAAUAUUUAGCAUUAACAUGGAUGAGGAAACUGUAACAAGUCCAAACUCAAAUACUGGAGUGAGCAUAUUAGAACAUAAAAGGGUUUACCAAAGAACUAAACCAGAAAGCACAGAUACAAAUAUAAUAACUGGCUUAAAUACAGAAAAUACAAAAGAACAAAAGUCAAUAUGUGCGAGCAUAGUAAAAGACAUAAAUGAUUUAAACAAAAAGAUUAUGAAAGAUAAAGAUAUUGUUUAUGAACCAUCAGAGGAAAAUAAUCCAACAAAUAAACAUAAAGCUAGAUAUGAAGCAAAUAAAGAUGCUAUCAAAGAACGAUCCAGAAAAAGGUAUGAAGCAAAUAAAGAAGCUAUCAAAGAACGAUCAAGAGCUAAGUAUGCAGCAAAUAAGGAUAAAGCAAAAGCAAGAUAUGAAGCAAAUAAAGAUAUUUUCAAAGAACGAGCAAAGAGAAAAUAUGAAGCGAAUAAAGAUACUAUAAAAGAACGAUCAAGGGCAAGGUAUGCAGCAAAUAAAGAUAAAGCAAAAGUGGGAUCUGAUGCAAUUAAAGAUAACAUCGAAGCUUUAUCCAGUGCAAUAUCUGAUGAAAAUUAUAAAUUGGAACAUGAUGAACUUGAGAUAGAAACUAAACAAGAAGAAAAGUUAAAUACAAAUACAAAGCAAAAACCAAGGUAUACUGAUAAAACAAAAGCUAAAUAUGAGCCAAAUAAUGAUAUUAUUAAAGACCUGACAGGAGCAAGAUAUAAUGCAAGUUGUAAAUCAGAACAGAAUAUAGUUGUCAAUGAAUCUGAAAAAAAAGAAGAAAUAUUGGAAACAAAUUCAGUAUUAAGAUUGCAAAAUGUAGAAGAGAUCAAAGAAAAACAAAAACCUAAAUAUGCUGAUAAAAAGAAAGCAAGAUAUGAGGCAAAUAAGGAUAUUAUCAAAGAACGAUCAAGAAAACGAUAUUGGGCGAAUAAUGAUAUCCUUAAAGAACGAGCAAGAGCCAAAUAUGCAGCCAAUAAAGAUGUCAGGGAACGGAAUAGAAGUUAUUAUAAAGCAAAUAAAGACCAUAUCAAUGAACAAAAGAGAGCACGAAGAGCAGCAAAAAGCGAUGACACAAAAGCAAAAUUUAAAGCAAAUAAAAAAAUUGCAGAAGAAAUUCGUAACAUUAAGAGAAAAGUAAAAUCGAAAAGAAAACUGAAAAUGUGGACACCAGAGGAAGAAGCGGCUCUUGUUAAUUUUCUGAAACAGAAUAUUGAAUUUUUAAAACCAACGGCUCGGGUAUAUUAUAAUCGUUUUCUUCAAAGUAGUGGUGUAAACGCUGAUUGGAGGAUGGUUCGCUCAAAGAUGUUCACUAUGCGGAAAACUUAUAAAAAUACAAAGGAAUGGUUAAAUACCGUAGGAGCUGCUAAGGCAGAUAACAGAAAAAUUAGAAAUACCGUGCUUAGCAAGUGUCCAUUUUAUUACGACUUCGAAAAAUUUUUUGAAUCUAAUUCUUUCAAUGUAUUCCAAUUUGAUAAUAUUCAAUCAGAAACAAUAAGUGAUCAAACGUCAAACGAAGCUUCUAUUACUAUAGUCAAAACAGAGAACGAAGCAUUUGAAAUUUAUUAUGACAAAAUGCCAAGUGCAAGUCACGAUAAUAGAUUUUCGUUAUCGGAAACAUCAAAUCAUCAAACAAUCAAAAAUGUUCCCGAGAACAUUUCGAUUACUUGCUGUAGCGGAGUUUGCUUAUGUUUAAUUGUGUCUGAACUGAUUCAAAGUCGAGCAAAGAUUUUAAAAUUAGGAAUAGAACAAAUGAAAUUUGAUAAGAUUUUUAGAGAAAAACAAAUACAGCUCCAAGAAAGGCAAAUGGCGGUUCAAGAGAAGGAUCUGGAAGAGAAGGAAAAAGGACUGAAAAGUCAAGAACAUUUGAAACUGUUGGAAUUCGAAAUGAAAGAAACACUUGCAAUAACAGAACUUGAACUUAGAUAUAAGAAUUAAAAUUAAUUAAAUUACGAUCUAUGCUUGUCGUCACGUAAUAACUUUAAUUUUAAAGAAUGAUAUUAAGUUAUAUUGUCAUGUUUGCGAAAUAAAAAUAUUGUGAUAAUCUUUCUUAAUUCUAAGUCGUAGCACAGAAGUGAUUGACUUCUUACUAGUAUGAUGUGAUAUGGGUAUGAAACCACACAUACCAGACAACGUAUAAGCGUUCCAAAUAAUUAUAACCUAAAUAUUGACACAGAACUAGUUAAAUAAAAUAAUAAUAUUUUAUUGGGCCUAUUUAUAUUAUCAUGAACGUAAGAUGAACUUAACGACAACUUGAGCUAACAGUGCAGUUUACACUAUCAUGAACUGUCAUGAAGUGUGAAAUUUGUUUUGUUUUGUGUAAACUUAUAAAAAGCUUGUGUGUAGUAGUACAUAUCACUGAAAUUCAGAAUAUUCAGUAUUAAUGGAUCUAAAUAAAGAAUUACUUUUAAUGUCUGCCGUGAAUAAUAAUUGUUUAAAUUUGUUGGCAGUAGCAGAAGCUUUAAAAAAAAAUAAAAAGCAAAAAUUGUGAUUGAACCAUUGGAGAGAAAGAAGGAAACGUUGCGGAGGAAACGAAGGAAACAUUUAUUAAAAGAAUAUAAAUUAGCGAACGAUUUUAUAAAUUACAAAUCAUAUUUUUUUAAUGAAAAUUGCUUUAAAGAUGGGCUUUGUAAGACCAGAAAUAUUGCCGCAGGAUACCAAUUCAAGAAAAUGUGUUUUAAUUGAAGAAUGAUUAGCAGUAACGCUCAGAUUUUUUGCAACCGGAGAAAACUAUAAAGAGUUAGGCGAAAACACACUACAGUCACCUACGUUUUUAAGCAUAAACAUUAUAGAGAUUUGCGAAAUCAUUUACCAGAAUCUAAUGCGUCAUUUUUUUGAAGUUUCCAGAAAUCCAAAAUGAAUGGUUAAAAAUUACACGUGAAUUUCAACAACGCUGGCAGUUUCCACAUUGCUUUGGAGCAUUAGAUGAAAAACAUAUAGCAAUGACUCCUCGAAAGGGCAUUGUACUAUAACUACAAAGGUUUUCAAAGUUUUCUUCUGAUGGCAAUGGUAGAUGCGAACGCUAGUUUAUCUUUAUCGAUGUUGGUCGAAAUGGUUGAAUUAGUGUUGGUGGUAUACUAAGACGUUGCGAUUUAAAUAAAAUUAUUGAGAACAGGGAUAAAUUAUUUCCAAAAGAAGAAAAUAUUGGUGAUAAUAGGAUUGCGUCAUACAUUGUGGAUGCGGAUAAUGCAUUUUCUCUGAUGAAAUAUGUUACGACACCAUAUUCUAGAAAAUUAACGGAUCCUAAAAUUGUUAAUUAUAAUGUAAGCCUAAGUAAGGCUAGGCAAUGUGUGGAACGAGCUUUUGGAGUAUUAUCGAAAGGUUUCAAAUUCUGCAAACCACUAUGAAAUUAAAUAGUGAAAAAUGUACUACAAUUGUGCUUUGUUGCUGCGUCUUACACAACUUUUUCAUAGAAAAAAGUACAUGGUACAUGCAGAAUUUAACAACUAGUGUAGAUGACUCAAUAGAAAUGGAAUUACUGGAAAACAAUGAAAAUGCAUUUGAAAAUAUCACAAAAUUGGACGACUAGCGAAAGAUAUUUGUCGAAAAUUUUUU